AUGUCUUUCUCUAAAGUCCUCCUCGUGGCUCUUUCCAUUACGGCUGUAGACGCCAAGCCAUUAGUCCCUUCCAAGGUCGCUCGCGCUGAGCCUCCCGAGCCUUCCCCGUAUCCUCUCGGCGAAGCCUGCGGUAACGAGUGGGAAUAUCUCAACUUUGAUCCUGCCAAUGAGGCCGACCAACGUCUUCUUCGACAGUUGCACGAUGUCAUCUGCACUGGCGAGGUGCGCUCUCUUGCUUCGAGAGGAUAUACAGCUGCCGAAGAAGCAAAGACGGGCACUAAUCCUGUCUUUAAUCUUUUCUUUGACCCUGGAGAGGAGACCCCCGUCGUAGUCAGCGAUGUGUUGAAAAUGAUUCGCGGCGAUGAUAGUUCAAGUGCAAGCUUUAUCGGAGCUGUGGUUGGCGAAAUGGUUGUUGAUAACAAAGACUUUAGCCAAGACUUCAGCUGUGACGACGAAGGCGAAUUGGCCUACACUGACGAUGACGAAGCAGAUGGUCUUCAGAAGAUCCAUUUCUGUCCCAUCGCCUAUGAGAAACCCAAUCUCGAGAGCAUCGACUGUGGCGCCCUCGACAGCUUCCCCAGUGAGAAGAUGGACACGUUCUCUCGCGUUGUUUUGCACGAAAUCACCCACGGUGAAAAUGUUGGACCGGAAUCAGAAUUGUCAGCACAGAUCAAAGAUAUUGAAAACGACGAUGAGGGAACAGCUUAUGGUAUUAACCGCGCUCACGCCCUGGUUCGGGAAAAGAUAGGGCAAGAGGUCUAUAAUGCUGAUAACUAUGCCUAUAUGUCGCUGGAUGCUUGGGUCAGCUGGGAUUGCACGCCAGCCGACAAUAGGGAUGCAUGGGCCAGUUUCUUCCCUGACCCCCCUCCUGACUACGAAUAA